AUGAAAGCGCGCGGGCUUACCCGCCUCCGCUGGUAUUGCCAGGUGUGCCAGAAGGCGUGCAGGGAUGCAAAUGGGUACAAGCUCCAUGUUGAGUCCGAAUCGCACGCCCGGCAGCUCGCAGCCGUCACCGGUGAAGGCGGUCAGCGCGCUGGCAAGGUGGUGCAUGACUUUAGCUCGCAGUUUCAGCGCGAGUUUGUAAUUUUAUUGAGCAGGAGGUUUGGCACACGUCGCGUGCUUGCGAACCAAGUAUACCAAGAAUAUAUCCAGGACCGGCACCAUGUGCAUAUGAAUGCGACUCGAUGGGUGUCUUUGUCUGAGUUUGUAAAAUACUUGGGGCGUGCAGGGAUCGCACGCGUCGAGGAGAGCGAACUCGGGUGGUUCGUCACUUGGAUCGACAACUCGGCGUCUGCGCGCGCACGCCAAGACGCUCUACAAAAGAUGAACCGCACUAAGGCGGACGAUGAGCAGCGCACGCGGAAGCUGCUCAGUGAACAAAUCCAGCGUGCCAAGGAGCAGGGCAGCGGCAUGCAGACGGAGCGCCGCGAGGAAGGCAUGGUUCGGUCCGAAGCGCCCGUGAAGCUUGCCGUCUCGCUCAGCACAGAGGGUGCGCCAAAGCAGACGGACACACCUACUGCAGCUGUACACGCACCGAAUGCACCCAAGCCCGGUGUGUUUUCUAUGCGCAUGAACCCAUUAAAAGCUGCUAACACUACCUCAAAAUCAAACCCACUGGCCGACAAGCCUUCGAAAGAGAAGCGACGGCCGCCCCCUACUCACAUCGGCGCUGCCGAGCGCAUCAUCAUAGAGGAACAGCAGCGCGCCGAGACGCUAAAACGCAAAGACGCGCAGCAGCGCCCGCUCGGUCCGUCGAUGAACACGGGCGUGAAACGAAGUCGGUUUUAA